AUGGCUGGUGAAGGCUCAAGCCAGAGCCAAAUUGUUGGGAAUUCGAGGAGUAUGAUAGAUGCAGAAGUUCAAGGUGCCAGCACUCAAGAUGCUUCUAUAGCAUCGGUGGCGGAAGAUGAGGAUGUCCAGUUAGGGGAGGAGACAGGAAGAUUUUUUCCACUGUUGUUGCGAAAUAGAGUGGCAAAGCAUACCAGAGCUGUUGGAAGACAUUUUAACGUUUUAGAUAGGCUUUUCAAGAGAAACAGACGACAGGUCAUACAUCUGCAACAGGGAGCCAGUUAUGACGGAGUCUUCAGUAAUCUAAGCGCAAAGCCAGAUAUUAACAACGAUGCCACGACAGGUUCUGAGGAUAACCCACCUACGUACGACGAAGCGGCCGUGGAUAUGGCGCCUUCGUACUAUGGGGUUGACGAGGAUGGUUCAGGAAUGUACUAUAAUGAGAUUUGCAUAGAGGGUCUUCCUGUAGGCAAUCUUGCCAACUUGAUAUGGAACAUGGUUGUGAGCUCGAGUUUCCAGUUCAUUGGGUUCUUAAUAACAUACAUUCUUCAUACAUCACACGCAGCGAAACAAGGGUCGAGGUUUGGAUUAGGCCUAACGUUCAUGGGAUAUGCAUACUCAAUGAGCCCGAACGACGUCCUUUCCAAGGUAGGUAAAGAUAAACAGGUCGAUCGAGUAAAGCUUUCCGAUCCCACUGACCACGAUGAUUUGCAUUUAUAUUCCUCUCCGACAGUACAGGAUGACUUCGAACCAAAGCUGGCCCCAGGUGCGCAUCCACAGAAGCAGGAAUUACCGCUGUUAGCUGUGUUUACUGGUCUACUGGGCAUCUUCAUAAUGCUCAAGAGUCUUUAUGACUACGUUCAAAUCAAAAAGAUGGAGAGAAAAUUUCUAUCACAGGAGCAGAGUUCGCCCUAA